ACAAUUUCUCGCCGCUCGGCGCGCCCCGGCCCCGACGCGCCGCAGCGGAGGCGAGCGGGAGGCGGGACGGGGCGUGGAGAGCGGCGGGGCCGGCGGGAGGACGCGGCGCCCGGGGACGCUCGCUCGGGGCCCAUGCCGCGCCGCCCCCCGCACCCCUGCCGUCCGCACCCGCGGCCGCCCCCAGCCGCCCGCCCAGGGCUCGAGCGUCCGAAGCGGGGCCCCGAGCGAUGCCCGCUGGGCGCCCGCGAAACUUUGUCGGCUGCACGGAAGGCAGCGGUGGCCCCGCGCCGCGCUUGGCCAGCUCAUCACUUCUCUGCGCUGUCCUUCCUAGGAGCCUUCACGUAAAUGGGUCCAGUCAUGCCCGCCAGUAAGAAGCCCGAGAGCUCAGGAAUCAGCGUGUCCAGUGGACUGAGUCACUGUUACCGGGGCAGCGGCUUCUCUAAGGCCCUCCAGGAAGAUGAUGACCUCGACUUCCCUCUGCCUGACAUCAGAUUAGAAGAGGGGACCAUGGAAGAUGAAGAGCUGACCAACCUGAACUGGCUGCAUGAAAGCAAGAACUUGCUGAAGAGCUUUGGGGAGUCGGUCCUCAGGAGUGUCAGUCCCGUCCAGGACCUGGAUGAUGAUACUCCGCCAUCCCCCGCCCACUCGGACCUGCCCUAUGAUGCCAGGCAGAACCCCAAUUGCAAGCCCCCUUACUCCUUUAGCUGCCUCAUAUUUAUGGCCAUCGAGGACUCUCCAACCAAGCGCCUGCCAGUGAAGGAUAUCUACAACUGGAUCUUGGAACAUUUUCCGUAUUUUGCGAAUGCACCUACUGGGUGGAAAAAUUCAGUGAGACAUAAUUUGUCCUUGAAUAAGUGUUUCAAGAAAGUGGACAAAGAGAGGAGUCAGAGUAUUGGGAAAGGGUCAUUGUGGUGCAUAGACCCAGAAUAUAGACAAAAUCUAAUCCAGGCUUUGAAAAAGACACCUUACCACCCACCUCCCGCCCCUCAGGCUUAUCAAAGCGUCCAGACCAGUGUCAUCAGACCUCUUCCUGUGCUCUCUCCUGGACAUUUCCGCACAUCAGGUCCACCCAUCUGGCCAGGCAGUACCUUCUUCAAGAGAAAUGGAGCCCUUCUGCAAGAUCCUGACAUUGAUGCUGCCAGUGCCAUGAUGCUUUUGAAUUCUCCCCCUGAGAUACAAGCAGGUUUGUCUCCGGGAGUGAUACAAAAUGGAGCGAGGGUUCUGAGCCGCGGGCUGUUUCCUGGCGUCCGCCCAUUGCCGAUCACUCCCAUUGGGAUGACCGCGGCCAUAAGGAGUAGCAUCACUGGUUGCCGGGUGCGGACUGAGAGUGAGCCGCCGCCGCCGUGUGGCUCCCCGGUGGUCAGCGGCGAUCCCAAGGAGGAUCACAACUACAGCAGUGCCAAGUCCUCCAACGCUCGGAGCACGUCUCCCGCCAGCGACUCCGUCUCCUCCUCCUCUUCCUCCUCCUCCUCCUCCUCCGCUGAUGACCACUACGAGUUUGCCACGAAGGGGAGCCAGGAGGGCAGUGAGGGAAGCUUCCAGAGCCACGAGAGCCACAGCGAGACGGAGGAGGACGACGGGAAACCCAGCCAGAAGGAGGCCAAGGAUGCCCUGGGGGACAGCGGGUACGCAUCGCAGCACAAGAAGCGACAGCACUUCGCCAAGGCCAGGAAGGUCCCCAGUGACACACUGCCCCUCAAAAAGAGACGCACAGAAAAACCGCCCGAGAGCGACGAUGAGGAGAUGAAAGAGGCGGCCGGUUCGCUGCUGCACUUGGCAGGGAUUCGGUCCUGUUUGAACAACAUCACCAAUCGGACGGCGAAGGGGCAGAAAGAGCAAAAGGAAACCACAAAAAACUGAAACAAGUCUCUGAUUUGUUUUGAACUUACGGCCAUUUGGUUUCAGCAUGUCAGGAGAUUUCUAAUGAUUUGUGGCAAUAUCAGCAAUUUUUUUCUUUUUCUUUUUUUCCUUUUGUUGGUUUGGUUUUCUUUCUUUUCUUUUCUUUCUUUCUUUCUUAAUUUGCCCCCCACUCCUUUGUUUUUGGACCCUUAAGAAUUUUAUGUUUAAAGGAGAUUGAAGCCAUAGAACUCAUAUUGACACUCAGCCGUUUCACAAAAGCUUUUCUUUAUCUGAAGACAAAAAAAAAAAAAAAAA